AUGGAUAUGGAGAGCGAGCCUCCGGGAAAGAUGAGCCGCGCUGCGGCCAUCAAGCGACGCUGCAACCAGGCCAUCAGUUUUGUCUGGGGCCUGAAUGUGACGAUCAACCGGUCUACCUUUGGUCGCAUGUUUCGGCUCAAAGGAAGCGGUCACCCCAACGAGAUUCAAGAUGCCAACUUCUCCACCGAGAUUCGCGCUGGGCUAACCACCUUCGCCACCAUGGCAUACAUUAUUGCUGUCAAUGCGUCCAUUCUGUCUGACACUGGCGGCACUUGUGUGUGCGAGCUACCCUACGACGACGCAGGAAACUGCGCCAACAACAUGGAGUGGACAAUGUGCAAGAACGAGGUCAAACUGGAUCUCAUCACCGCCACCGCCGCCCUUGCUGGCUUUUCUAGCAUCCUCUUUGGACUCCUGACCAACCUGCCGGUCGCCUUAGCCCCGGGGAUGGGACUCAACGCGUACUUCACCUACCAGGUGGUCGGCGUCCGAGGCCAAGGCCCCGUACCAUACGGGCUGGCCCUCACUGCCGUCUUUGUGGAAGGCUUCAUAUUCGUUUUUCUGGCCCUGACGGGCAUGCGGCACUGGCUCGUGAAGAUCAUUCCCGGAACAAUCAAGACAGCUAGUGGUGUAGGCAUCGGCUUGUUCCUCACCCUAAUCGGCUUGUCGUACGGUUCCGGCAUUGGACUGGUUACAGGGGCCGUCGCGACUCCGUUGGCCAUUGGUGGCUGCCCUACAGAGAACCUCUCGCCAAACGGCGAGUGCGCUACCGGGCUCAUGACAAAUCCCAAGAUGUGGAUCGGAAUUGUGUUUGGUGGUCUGCUAACCGCAUCGUUGAUGGCAUAUCGAGUCAAAUCGGCUAUCAUGAUCGGAAUCAUCUUCGUCUCGAUCCUCUCCUGGCCCCGGGACACCCCAAUCACAUACUUCCCCCACACCGACGACGGCGACUCUCGAUUCGCUUUCUUCAAGAAGGUAGCCACGUUCCACCCCAUCCAGCACACAUUUGUCGCGCAGCAAUGGGACCUGAGCGGCGCCAACGGCGCCCAAUUCGCCCUGGCCCUGUUCACCUUCCUCUAUGUCGACAUCAUCGACUGCACCGCCACGCUCUACUCGAUGGCCCGCUUCUGCAACAAGACGACGAACAAGGGCGGCGACUUCCCCCGGUCGACGGUCGCAUACUGCACCGACGCCUUCUGCAUCUCCAUGGGCUCGCUCGUCGGCUGCUCGCCGGUCACGGUCUUCGUCGAGAGCGGCGCCGGCAUCGCCGAAGGGGGGCGCACCGGGCUGACCGCCGUCGUGACGGGGCUCUGCUUCCUGCUGUCCAUCUUCUUCGCCCCGAUCUUUGCGUCGAUCCCCCCCUGGGCCACGGGCUGCACGCUGAUCCUGGUCGGUUGCCUGAUGGUUCGACAAGUAACGAGCAUCAACUGGGCAUACAUCGGCGACGCCCUCCCGUCCUUCGUCACCCUGGCCGUCAUCCCCUUCAGCUACAGCGUAGCCUACGGCCUCAUCGCCGGCCUCUUCACCUACGCAGGCCUAAACGCCCUAAUCCACCUCGUGACCAUCGUCUCCCGCGGCGCCCUCCGGCCCCGCGACCACGACCUGAAGGAGUACUGGACGUGGAAGCCCGCCGGCGAGAAGCCGUGGGUCGUCCGCGCCUUGUUCUCGUCGGGCGGUGGCGGCAGUCGCUUCUGGGGUGACGAGGAGGCGACGAGAAAGAAGAAGGAAGAGGAGAAUAAGAGCGCCGGCGCCGCAGCCGCAGCCGCGGUUGGCGGCCUCGAGGAGGAGGAGGAGAAGGAACCCGCCGGCAGCUCCGGCUCGAGCUACGGAUCCAGCCUGGAUGCCGCGCGCGUCGCCCCGCCGGAGCACGCCGAUGGCGGUGCGGUGCCGGUGCCGGUGGUGGUGGUGGGGGUGGGCCCGCGUGCCGAGACCCCGUCGCCUCGGCCGUUCCGCGCGGUGCAUUGAUGGCCUGGUUGGCGUCAGGUUCUUGGGAGGGGCGCUGGAAAUGCGCGCCUUUGGUCCUCGCAUGCUGUGAUUCUACUUUACCGGGCCUUGCUUGGUUUGGGGCUCGAUCUUGAUCUCUGUUGCUCUGGGGAUGGCUGUGUUCUUCUAACGCAUCGUGUGUGCAAGGUGGGGAGUUCUGAUCUGAGAAGAGUACCCGAAGGGAGGGUUGUACAUG